AUGCGUUCCACGUGUCUCCGCAUGCGUCUGCUCAUGGCGGCGAAGCGCGAUAACGGGCACGCGUGGCAAAUUAAACGCCAGCGUGCAGCUCAAGAUCAAGCUUCCAGGAAGCAGUGGAUGCAACGGCUCAGAACUCUACGCCGGCUUGUACAUAAGUACCGCACUUCACGCAAGUCGGUGCGGAAUCUUUAUGAAGACGUCCAAGUUGACAUCGCUGGCAGCACUCGAUAUAAGGAAGAAUUACUUGUACAGGGUUGUGACCUUAUCGAGGAGGCUGACAGGGAAAUUUUGCUCAAGGAGAGCUUGGAAGCAGCAGUUCAGAGAGCUUUUGCAGGCCGAGUCACCUUUACAGAAAGAGCUGUUGCCGAAACCUGCGUAACCACUGAGCCUAAGAAACUUCUGAGGUGCUAG